AUGGAUUUCGAUCUUCUAUAUGACCGGCCUGGGGGCGAGCCGUACCUGACUAUACCCGGGCACCCAAACAUCAUCAUCACUCCUCCACGGAUCGAGGAUGCCAGUGAGCUCAUCGAUAUCCUCAACAAUUUCGAGGUAGCAAUAUGGCUGCAAGGCCCUCCAUACCCAUACCCCGUGGACGAGGCAAGGCAAUACCUGAGGACAGUUAGCAUACCCAGCUCGCUGCAGAUCAGAAAGGAAAUAGAGGCACACAACAGUAGUGUUAACGGAGGCGGACAUGGAAACGAGACAACAAACCGUUUCCUGAGUGGCUGUCCAGUGAAUUCAAUUCGGGAGAUAGACCCAGAAACUGGCAAGGAAUCCCUUAUAGGCUGUAUAGGUAUAAGGAGAGACGACUUCUACGAGAUCGAGGAUGAUGCGGCGCGAGAGGCAGAAUUUGAAGCCAAUGCUGCAAAGAAAGCUGGAGAUGGAAGCAUCAUAUGGGCGAUGGGGAACUUCCUUAGCCCAUCCCAUAAAGGACGUGGUAUCACGACAAUGGCAGCUAAGACUGUAAUUGACUGGGGCAAGAAGCAUAUGAACAUCAAGGAAGUCCGAGCCUCGAUGUUUGAUGGGAAUAUUGCCAGCCAAAGGGUGUAUGAGAAGAUUGGUUUCAAGCAUAUGACUACCAGAAAAGACGCCCUGACGAGAGCUGAAAUAAAAGGAGGUGGGAAAAUAACGAUUCACGUUCUUACUUCGAAAGAACAGUGA